AUGACAAAUCUCGCAACGGAAAUAGAAAUUGCAUAUCUGCGUGACUUACACGAUCGCAUUAUAAAUCGAGAUGAAAAAGGAAAACAUUUUCAAUUAAAAGUUUUAUCGCAUUUUGCUAAAGGAAUCACUCGUAAAGACAUCGUAUUGACGAAUGUUUAUAUUAUAAUUGCAGAUAAUGCUGAGACUUUAAAUCAAAGUCUAGAUGCACUUACAACAUCACCAUCAUUCAACGAGAUAGCAAAAUUUAUUCUUUUCAUUAAUAAUCCAUCCCAAAGAAAUGGCGGUGAAGAGAUUGCAUCAUAUUUUUUAAUUAAAAUGUUUAAAGAGCAUCGAGCGCUUGAUGUCGUAUUACUUUAUGCAAGCGACGCCUUUGCUUAUGAUAUUUAUACGGGAAAUCCUUAUCAUGAAAAUAAAACCGACUGCGGUGAAAUGAAAAUUUUAAACAUCGGAAAAUGUGCGAAUGGAAAAUUUGAAGAUGAAAAUUCAACAAAAGAAGUUUUACAAACACCCAAAAUUCCUUCAACAAUCAACGAUCGUGUAUACAAAUUUUGUGCAAGAGUGCAAGAACCAUUUGUAAAUGAAGGGUGUCACGAUGGAUUAGAAAUUGAUAUUCUGCAGCUUGUGAUGAAAGAAAUGGGAUACAAAGUUGACAUAUUUUGCAGUAAGUUAGGUCGAGGUGAACGAAUGGAUGAUGGCACAUGGAGCAAUCUACUUGGUCAAGUUCGUAACGGAGAAUGUGACAUUAUUGCUGGAGGUUUUUUCCCUGACCACGAAGUUCAUGCUGAAUUUGAAGCUACUGAAUUUUAUCUUCAAGAUUAUUACACAUUUUAUGUUAAGAAAGCAAGUUUCGCACCGAGAUGGAAAAGUUUGAUAAUAAUAUUUAAAUUUCGAACUUGGGUCGCCUUCUCAAUUGUGGUGCUGGUUUCAUGGAUUUCUUGGUAUUUACUGGGAAGAAUGUCGAGUGAGUCAAAAGCGCACAAACAGAUAGUUUUGACAUAUCUUAAUGUCUUAGCACUUUCCUUGGGAGUUUCCACCAAUAAUCGUCCAAACUCAAACCCUCUACGUUUGUUAUUUAUAAUUCUUUCCCUUUAUGCUCUCACACUUAACGCAAUUUACACUUCAAAGCUUAUCACUGUCUUCACUAGUCCUCCCUAUGAUUAUCAAAUAGAAACCAUUGAAGAGUUAUUGGAAAGUGAAAUUCCGAUUGGUGGACGGUUGGAGAAUCAAGAUUGGUUCGAGAAUGAUGAUGAAUUUGACCGGAUGAUCUCUCAUCGUUAUAAUUACUCAGAAACUUUUCGGCCGUCAACCAAAAGUCUAAAGCGAGUCAUGAAAGGCGAACAAGCUUUGUUAAUCAGUCAACUUUAUGUUAGAAGUAACAAAUAUAGAAAUUCAGUGUUUGGUCUUUCAAAAUCAAUUUUCUCGAACCAAUUGGAGAUGAUUUUUGAACGAGGAUUUCCAUUACAACAUCGAAUUAAUAAAAUAAUUGCUUCACUUCGCGACAUGGGAUACAUGAGUAAGCUUUUCAAAGAUUUUUAUUACAAUAUGACAAUUAUUGAAUCGAUUAAGAAGUUGAAAAGAUUUCGAAAAAAGUUUGGUUCAGACAUUGAACAACUAGAAUUGGCUUUAGCAGAUGAUGACGAUGAAGAUGAAGAAGAAACUCCAAGAAUUGCAUUGACAAUUGAACACUUGGAUGGAGCGUUCUCAAAUCUUUUUUUAGGCCUUGCAAUCAGUUCAGGCAUUUUCAUCAUGGAAAUAAUUUUGAAAUCGAAAUUCAUAAAUCGAAAUGUCAAAUUAUUUGGACGAUUGCUUUCUAAAAUGUUCUGCAACCACAAAAGGAAAAGAAAACAGGAAAUUAUUGAAGGAAAAAUGAUUCCAUUUAGAAAUUAA